AUGUGCUGGUUCCUCGACGACUCUACCGCUGUCAUUCGGCGUCGAGCGGUCUUGAACGACGAAGGGUAAGUGUUCGGUGUUUGCUCGUUCUGCAGAACGAAAAAUUGAGUAGACUGUACUGAAGGGCCAAAGUUAAAAGAUUGCACCCAGUGGAUGAUAGAAAAUGCUGGUUUAUUACCCCACUUGUUUUGUUCAAAAUCUCUGUCCACGUUAAAACUAUGAGGAACCUCUUCAUUUUGUUUCCCAGUUGCUUGCAAAAGAGGAUCAGCAAAGGAGAUGGAAAAAAUGAUCAUGCGAGCACUCCUACUAGCAAUCUGCAUGGAUUUGGGUUAGUGUUGUGUUUUUCAUAUAUAUAUGGUCUGUAAAACAAAGUCAACUCGCAAAUCGGGAGUACUAGUAAAAUCUGCGCUUUUCCUUCAUUGAAAGUGGUAAGCGUGUCUGGCCUGUUAUAACAUCAAAGGUGAGAUCCCGGUCGGCCUUUCAAGCCUACCAUAAAUCCCUUUUAUAAGGGGAGCCCAAAAGUAAAUUUCUGUGUAGAUGGAAACAUUUGCCAGGAUAAGUGAAGUUCUAGAGCUAUAGAGUGUGGACCCCAGCGCUAUUGCUGGUUAUUUUUAGCAGAUAAAAAUUAUAUCUUACGUAUGAUUAGGCCAAGUGGCAGCCACAAUGUUUACAUUCCAUCUGUCGGUUUGCAACUUCAAGUCCUACCCAACCAACCUACCCCCAACCUUUAAAAUCGUCUUUGUGAGAAGCAGAUCUUAAACGCUGUCGCAAAAACGCAUUAAGUCAUAGAUGCGAGCUAUUUGUAAUCAAAUCGAUCAACCAAUUCGGUGGAUAUUUAGGGUUUUCUCUAAACUGAAGUACUUGGAAACAUGUAAAAAAAUCUAAAACUCGACAGUGUGCGAGUCGGCUAACGAUUAACCUGGACCUUGCCGACAGUGCUUUGGAGUCGCAGUACUUAAUUCUCGAAUUUUUGAAAUAAUUUAAGUCCAGGGAUGAUGCCGGAACGAGUGCCACCGUGCGCUGUAAACAAAUGACUACCCAUGCAUUUGUAUCAGUCCGAACACUAAUCAGAUAAAAUUAGCCAAUCUGAUUGCAAGACGGAAUACUAAUUCCCGCAGAACUUCAUAUAGCCUGUCUGAUGUCCAGAGGCCUUACUUUUACACCCCGAACACACCACGAGUAAGAUCUAACCCGCUGUCCCUGACCCCAUCAAUCUGUUAUUGUAUGCAGGCGAAAGGAAAACAGCCUCAGGUAUUGUUAGGUGAGCACCACAUAAAAAUGAUAAUUUUCAGUUACGGACUACUCUGACUUCCCUCAUUCUAUCUUUUAACGGUUCAUGAUAUCCGCAUUCUGAAAGCAACUCUAUCCAACCGUCUAAGAUUAAAUUUGCAAACUCUUUACCUCUGCCGUUCGGGAAUGCUGAUUUCCGAAUAUUUGUUACAGAGUUGUUUAAAGCUUAAAGAUUUGCAUUUUAUUACUUGUGGUUCUUUUCAUCCCCAUAGCGGCUGCGUUAGCAUGUAUGCAUGGAAAUUUCACCUACGCCACAAAUACCAUUGUUUUAAAUCUUCCCUCACUUUUAGGUCACUGUCAGAAAAUGGAACUGUUUUUUCAGCAGAAUCGGAACUUUUUCUCAUUUUUCACGUUCACAGAAGCUCCUAUUGUAAGUGUUUUGUUUAGCAUGCGUUUUGUUGAGCUGUAUUUUAUGCCCUUUAAGUUACUUCUCAACAUCAUUCCUCUUCUGCGCAAAAUGGUUUGAAAAACAUUUUGACAUGAUUCAUUUGUCCAGUGAUUAGUCGUAUGUUUUGUCAGCUAAUCCUAUGGUGACAUGAAAAUCACCUGUUUUAUGUGCUAGCUCGUUACCUUCAGAAUGGUAGUCGAUAGAUGAGAUGUUCCGCCAGCAGAUUCCCUGCAUAAAUUAUUGAGUAAAUGUAUCUGCGUGUAACGCUCCCUCCAUCACUUCUUACAAAAUUUUCUAAUACUUCAAAUUCAUGUCUCGUACUGCAGUCGAUAGACGAAAUUUUUCGCCAUCACAUUGUCCUUUUAAAAUUCAAAGUAGACGUGGGGUGUUUGAAACACUCUCUCCCCCUUUCUUCCAAAGUUUUCCGGUAUUUCGAACUCUUGUAUUUGCACAGAGAUUCCGUCCCAACAGCAACCCUGGAUUCUCGCAGCCUGACGAGUAGAAGAAAGACGAAGUCUUUUGUGUGGGGGAAAUUAUAACCCAGGUAUAAAAUAAACGAUACAAGGAGACCUUUUACAGAUGACGUUGAGGCUGAGAAGGAGGACCUACACUAGAUAUUGAGGAGAAAAACACUUACAAUAUGUGGCAUAUUUUAUGAACCAAUUGCUGAAAUUCAGAAAAAUUAUCUCGUUUGGGACGAAAUACUAAGGCGGGGCUGUAAUAUUGAUUAUUGCGAACCACAGUACCGAGAUGUGUCAGUGACAUGGAGAUAUUGACUUUUGAAUGAAAAUCAUUCCAGCCACUAGAGAAAAGCGCAUACGUUAACAAUUGUCAUUCAACUAGACGGAAUCUAUUCACAGUGUGGGAGUACUCUUAUAAAUCCAAAUAUACUUUUGGAAGGUGUACACAAUAAUCAUGUUUCUUACGUCUUCUUCAAUUUAUCCUCUAAAGGCAGUAACGUUUAACUCUUAAAAAGGGCGUUUAGUGUCUGGGUAAACUUAAACCUAACAUUCCAUUGGCAUGGUUUAGAGUUUUGAAAAUGCCACUUGAACAAAUCCGUUAAAGAAGAAUCAUACAUUUCAGUGGGCUACUGAAAUGACUAUUGAUUACGUUGUAUUUUUCAUGAAGAGUAUUGAUAAACGUAGCAAUAUUAUGCUAGUUAAAUAAGGAAUCAUGAUGUAAGAGGCCUUACUAUUCCAGGCGUCUAAGACCGAAAGUUCCUUCUCAUCGACUAAAAAAUCUGGAUUACAAAAAGAAUUAGUUGGCUCGGUAGUGAGUGAUUGUUGCAGGCUUGCCUAUUGAAUGUCAAUUCGUUUAAUUUCCAAAUCUCCUCUGGUUAGAUUCAGGAGGAAUAUGUUCUCUGUUCGCUUCGUCUAAACAUCGGCCAUUUACGACAAAAACCUCUGCUGAGAGUCAUUUUCGUUUUCUUUGUCACUUAUGUAUGUGUCCUGAGCUGGCUAUAAAACGGCACCAUUGCGCGCAAGUUGGUAUUUACUCCGCUUCAUUAAUGUUUCGUUUCUUUUGUCACAGUCAGCGACUUCGAACCAGUCACUGAGUAA